AUCAGCUGUGUCCAAUCACAGCUGAUCACAUGGCACUGAUGAUCAGUGUGCCCUGAUGAUCAGUGUAGCCCCAUCAGUGCCACCUGUCAGUGUCCAUCAAUGUCAGCUGUCAGUGCCCAUCAAUGCCACCUGCCAGUACCCGUCAGUGCCACAUCAAUGCCACAUAUCAGUGCCUACCAGUGCACAUCAAUACCACAUAUCAGUGUCCAUCUGAGCUGCCUUUCAGUGCCACCUAUCAGUGCCAGUCAGUGCUGCCUAUCAGUGCCGCCUAACAGUGCCACCUAACAGUGCCAGUCAGUGCUGCCUAUCAGUGCCAGUCAGUGCCACCUAUCAGUGCCAUAUAUGAGUGCUGCCUUUCAG